GCCCCCGUCACGUGUCCUUGGUGCCAUUGGGCGGGGCCAGAGCUUCUAAGUCGCCGUCACUUCCGGCUCCCUGUCAGUCCGGAGCGAGCGAGCGAGCGAGAGGGCGGCUGUUGGACGGCAGGAGCGGAGCAAUGCCUAAAUCAAAGGAACUUGUUUCUUCAAGCUCUUCAGGCAGUGAUUCUGACAGCGAGGUUGAAAAAAAGUUAAAGAGGAAAAAGCAAGUUGUUCCAGAAAAACCUGUGAAGAAGCAGAAGCCUGGUGAGACUUCUAGAGCUUUGGCAUCUUCCAAGCAGAGUAGCAGCAGCAGAGAUGAUAACAUGUUUCAGAUUGGGAAGAUGAGAUACGUCAGUGUUCGGGACUUUAAAGGAAAAAUUCUAAUUGAUAUUAGAGAAUAUUGGAUGGACUCAGAAGGUGAAAUGAAACCAGGGAGAAAAGGUAUUUCUUUAAACAUGGAGCAAUGGAGCCAACUGAAGGAACAGAUCUCGGACAUAGAUGAUGCAGUAAGAAAGCUGUAAAAUCUGAGCCAUAUCAAACCUGUACUGUUGUAGUUGUUUUAAUCUGUCUUUUUACAUUGGCUUUUGUUUUCUAAAUGUUGUUUUCCAAGCUGUUGUAUAUUUGGAUUGCAGAACAAUUUGUAAGGUGAAUACUUUUUUUAAUGUGCAUUAUUAAAAUGUUCUGAGUGAAGCUAUAAAUGUCAUCUUUAUUAAAGAGAAUUGCAUUGUGCCCUCUACCUAGUGUAAAAUAAAGUCAGAUCAUUACAAUCUUAACUGUUGUAGCCUUUUUUGAUCAAAAGACUAGUUACUGUUUAAGGCCAAAAGAACAACCUUUAUAGGCACAUAAUUGAUGCGGCCUUUACAUUCAGAAGGAUUUGUAUUGCAUUGAGCUUCUUAGAGGAUUGCUUUGUGAAGUGCAUACUCAGUCUCUUCCUUUCUAACCAAAUUUUCCUAAUAACUUACUAUUUCAUGUUCCAUUUUUUGCAUCACUCUUUACUUGGAUAUAUUACGCUGGUUUGGAAAGUCAAACUGUCAUUGUUAGUCUACUGUGUUAAGUCUUAGCAGAUAGUCGUGUGGUAAUAUGGCUUGUAUGAGAACUCCAAGCAAGUGUAUGUCAUUACUCACAGCUCUGUGUAGGUGUUGCUUAGUCUACAGCACAUAGUGACUUGAUGUCUGAUGAGCUCACUUAGUAAACAUAUUCACACUGGGAUGGUGUCUGUAAAGUCAGAUGUUAAACUAGGUUAGACUUUAGUAAAAUUGUGAAAUUUACUGGCCUACUAUUCUAAUGAAUGUGGAUUAUAUGUGGACAUGUCACUGAGCUUUACUGUCUUGGUAGGUUAUGUGGACAGUUUUAAAGACUUGGCUGUUUUAAUCUGGACAAGAGACUUCUAGACUUCAUGCAAAAAAGUUUUAAAAGUUCAUUGGUUUUCAUUUUAACCACAAUGAUAGACAGGCACAGAUUUCAGGGCUAUUGCUCUAGUGAAUAGGACAGUGUUCCUUAGGGAAAGAGUGCCUACAAAGGAACUCACCACACUGAAGGGACCUGGCCUAUGAUGAGAAAGGGAUUUUCUUGAAACUAAAUGGUGCACAUGACAUUUGGUGACAACAGUAUGGCAGUGUUGGUAGAACAGUAAGUAACGAGGAUGGUUUAAAGACAUGUAAAUUCUAACUGCCAGUACGCGCUGCCAUAUCAGAAUUGCAGUAUGUUAUUACCAGGUUUGGUUCCCAUUGUCUAAACAUUUUAUAGAAUUGUCAAGGAUUUAAUUUAAAAAUCCAUCUGCCUGGCCUCAUAUGAUUAACCUGUCCUCCCAUAGAUACUCUUUAGGUAACUUUUUAGUGUUGUUAGUUAUUGCAAAUUGAUAAAUCUCACUUAUUUCUCCUUGAUAGGUACCAAAGUGUUAAAGAAAUAUUGUAUAUAUAACUUACUCAUUCUUGAGGGAUACUCUUCUUAUUUGGAACAUAACAUGUGCUACAUUUAACAUAAUUAGUUUUGUAAAGUAUUAUUUUGCCAUUUAGAGAAAGGGUAGUUAGAACAUAAAACCUCAAUUUUAGUGUAGUUUAGAUAAAGAGAGAAUAAUAGGUAAAUUUCCUAGGCCAUGAAUUCAGGAGUGUAUUUCAGCCAUCUGCUUUGUAGAGAUGAUGCUGUCAUCUGUUUGUUACCUAGGCAUUACUAGUUGCUUAGCAUAAUAAAAUCUUCAUGCAGAAAGCUUUCUCUGGCAUAAUUUGUUAGGUUGAUAGCUAAAUUCAUUCACUAAUGUUACAGAGUAGGUAGUGUACCAGAGUUCUUGGACUUUUUCUUUAUGUGUGUAGAAAAGGAGAUUUAGAUUAAAAGAGUAGAGGCUAACUCAGACUGAGAGGAAAGGGCCCAGUCUAUCUAUUCUGUGGUCAGACUCCUAUCUCCUCAGUAAGUGUCUUAGUUUCUUUUCUGUUGCUGUGACGAAGAGCCCUGUCAAAAGCAACAUGAGGGACAAGGGAUCACUGACUCACAGUUUCGGUUACAGACCAAUUUUCAAAGAGUCACAAUGGCAGGAGCUCCAGACAUCUGGACACAUUGCAUCCACAGUCCGGAAGCUGAGAGCAGUGAAUGCAUGCUCAGUUCCCUUUCCUUUUCAUUUAGUCUUUGGCUUAGCCCAUGAACUGGUACAGUCCACAGUGGGCAGGUCUUUCCACCUCAAAGCAAUCAAUGUAAUGCUCCAGACAUACCUAGAGGCCCAUCUUCUAUAUGAUUCUAGAUUCUGUUAAGUUGGCAAUUAACACUAUCAUAGUAAGAUUUCCCCCAGGAAGAAGACUUGAUAUUUAAAGCAUCUUAUUUGUUUUGUAAUGCUGAAAUAAUUAGUAUCUGCCCUCAGGUUUUGCCCUUUAAUAUACUCAGGAGCAAGGCUUCCAAAUGGGUUUUCCUCUUUAUCUUUUAGAGUAAAGCAGCCUUUGGCCAAUUUCUAGUGCCCUUGGCAUUUCAUUUAAUCAAAUCACUGAAAAAGAAAAACUAUAUUUUGUUUUGCCUCACAAAUGCUAAAAUCUUGAGAAAUACUACCUCAUUACCUAGUCAAGAUCCUGGGAUAACAAUCUAUUCUGCAUAAUAUCUGAGAGACAGCAACUUAGGGAACAUCAUGGAGGAAAAUGCAUCCUGGCCUGGCUACAGAGGGAAGGAGAAGGGACUGAACAUUUAUGUAAGUGUUCCUGACAGGAAUGUUAGCACAGUGCUUGCCAUAAAAGCUUGAAAAUCUUAAGAACCGUUGAGUUAUAUUUAGGUAUCUCUUCUAAAUUCUUUGUGGUUCACUUUUUAUGGGAACUAAUGUAGUGAAACACUAAUUUUUUUUUUUAAGAAAGGUGUUUUUCCAGAUAAAUUGUAGUGUAAAACAUGCAUAUAGUGAGAAGUAUGUAAUUCUAUAAUUGUGGAAUGCCUGUAUGCUUUGUUUGGUACAUCUUCCAUGGAGGUGUCAAUGAACCUAAUACUCCACCUGUGAAUAUUUUAAAUGUUGAAAUAAAAACAAGAAAUGUA